GUUGGAGUCUGCUGGAUGGAUUCAUGAUUUCUCAACUCCAUCCUCCUUUGGGCUCUUCGUCACAUCUGGGUGCUAUGCGCCACUUGGUAUACUCAUUGCCUGGACGUCCCUCGAUCCGGAGCCACACCGCUAUAUCCCGGUGGCGACCUCAGUCUGCCCGUUCAUUCUGCAGAAGCGCGCGACUCGCGUCAGUGAAAUUUAGCAACUAUACCGUCGACAUACCGGUAGGAAAUAAUGGGCACAUUAAACUAGAAAUCAUCCAUCCAAGUAGUGUCCCGAUCCGGAAUGGAGAUGUGAUCAUCCAUCUACCACCAGGUCCGCUGUUCACGCAGCCUGAAAUCGCUGAAAAACAAGCAUCUAAGCCUCCGAAGCAACAGGGCAAGGAUGAAGUCUUCCCUUGGGAAAUUGAAGAUGCCCCCAACACCUCGCUGGAACAUGCUUCCUCACCCAGCACUUUCAAAACAAUCGUAACUAUCAACUACCGACUGGGCCUCUCCCUAAGUCGACCCUCAUCAAGCGCAUCUCAAGAUGCACCCACCAGCACAGGGCCAGAAACGCGUGAUCCAGUCUACUACCAGUUUCCGACGCCAAUACACGACACCCUGGCCGGGUUCGACUGGAUCCAGCAGAACCUGCAACCCCGGCGCGUCGGAGUUACGGGUACGCACAUAGGCGGCUCGCUAGCCCUGAUGCUUGCUCUUACAGAAGCACAAACCAUCCACGCCGUCGCAGCCCUCGAGCCGGUGUGCAACUGGGCCGACCUUGACGACCACUGCAUGCCCGACCUGUCCGAUAUCGAUGACACAGGGCUGAGUCUUCCGACAGAAGCCACGACAGCGGCCGUCAAGCCCGGGGCAAAGCGAACCGCAACCACCAGUAAUCGCAACCCACCCGCGGCUUCCAGCGAUCUGGUCCGCCUUCUCGAAGCCCGAAAAUCCUUUUUUACAAGCCCGGAACGGUACUUCGACGCCUUCGCCUCCCCGAUGCUCUUCCUCCGUCCCGCCGGCAAAAGCGUUCCCCUCUUAUUCCCCGAUUAUCUGACCGGCCCGGGGUAUCCAAUCCCCGUCCCUCGACAGAAGUCCGAGCAGGAACUCUUCGAGGAAAACGUCCAGAAAUACUUCCCCGGCUUCGCGGACAGCAGCUUGCCGGCAUCAAUAGCGCGCCCCAAGCCGGCUGAGCUGCUCUUAUAUCUCGACAAAAAGGCUAUCGCCGACGCCAAAAAGGCCGCCAGGGAGGCCGCCAAGUUGGCCGCGAUGAAGUGGACGAAUCAGGGCACCAUCAUCCACAGGAAAAAGGUCCUCCGAUGGCCGUCGUAUGGGCCCGAUGACGACGGUGAUGAGUCGGCGGACCCGGAGGAAUGCCCGCCCGAAGAGGGCCUGCCCCCAGAAAUGAUUUUCCCAGGAACGACGCUCCCAGAAUUCACACCCCCAGACGUGACGCUACCGUGGGUGCGGAUCUACACUCGCGGCGACGUGGUCAACCGAAUGAAGCCCGAAAAACCUACCCGGAUCAGCAUCAAAGACAGGCGCGAAUUCCUGGCACAUAGAAUGAGAAAACGCGCAGACUGUAUCCUGACUCACCAGGCGGUCGAGAUGGUGGAUACCAUGCGGCGGGCCUGUUUCUGGGGCCGGGAGAAGGCGAUCCGCGAGAAGAGAGUCUCAUGGGUGGAGGUCAAGGAGUCGGCCUGGCCCGACUCGGCGGAGAGAUAUGCCGGGAAUUGGUUAUUGGAGGUGAUGAACGGGCCGGAAAAGGACCUACCUGUAAAGAAACCGGAUUCACCUUCUACUUAGAAACUCGGAUAGCU